UAAUUAACCCUGUUAUCGAUAACACCGUAAUAUUACGGAUACGGAUCUCAGAUCGGCAUCCCUAAUCUCAUCUCAUCCCUAGUUCCUAAGAUUUGUAAAAAAAUUAGUCAGGAUAGCCGGCCUUUUGGAAUAAUAAAAGUACCAUGUUUUCAAACAAGGUUGUGAUUGUUACUGGCGCCAGUUCAGGGAUUGGAGCAGAAACGGCGGAGCAAUUUUCUAAGUUGGAAGCACUGAUGGUGUUGACUGGCAGAAACAAAGAGAACUUAACAAAUGUUGCUAAAAGAUGUGAAGAAAUAUCUCCUAAGAAAUUAACACCAUUAGUUGUAAUAGCUGAUAUGAAUAAGGAGAGUGAUGUUGAUAAUAUUAUAAAAUUGACUCUUGAAAAAUAUAAUAAACUUGAUGUUCUUGUUAAUAAUGCCGGAGUAUUAGAGUCUGGUACCAUUGAAACUACUACAUUGGCACAGUAUGACAGGGUCAUGAAUACUAAUGUUAGAGGUCCUUACUAUUUAACAAUGUUGGCAACCCCUCACCUAAUUUCUACUAAAGGCAACAUUGUGAAUGUUUCCAGUGUGACUGGUCUGCGAUCAUUCCCAAAUGUUCUUGCGUAUUGCAUGUCUAAAUCAGCUUUAGAUCAAUUCACAAGAUGUGUUGCUCUGGAAUUAGGAGCUAAAGGUGUUCGUGUUAAUGCAGUCAAUCCUGGGGUCAUAACCACAGGGCUGCACAUGAAAGGGGAAGGCAGUAUGAAUGAACAAGAAUAUGAAACCUUUUUAAAGAAAUGUGCAGAAACUCAUGCUUUGAGACGACCUGGUGAUGCCAGAGAGGUAGCAAAUGUUAUUACAUUUUUAUCUAGUGAUGCAGCCAGCAAUAUUACUGGGGCAACAAUACCAGUCGAUGGAGGCCGUCAUGCCAUGUGUCCACGAUAAACUUUCUGAACAAUCUAAAAUAGCAUUUAUUAUGCUGCGAUUAAGUAUGAAGAUUGAAAACAAUUUCUUUUGCUUCAACUAAGGAUAUAAAUUUGAUGUAUAUUACAUUACAAUUUGAGAUUGGGACCAUUAUUAUUGUUAGACAAAUUCCUAAUAUUUUUGUUAUUGUUGGGUUUAAAAAUUAAAAUUUUAUUUUUGAAAAAAAUA